GAUUUUGUUCAUACUUUCUAUUCCGUUCCCUCCCAACAUUUUCUAGGGUUUUAUAUUUCUCCCCCAAUUUCCCUCCCUUUUCUUUCAAAUCUCUCCCCUAUCUCUCUCCGGUCGAUAUGCCGACGCUCAGCUGGAGGCAUCACACCCUCAUACAAGCUCUGCUCUCUCGCGGCCCUCUCAAGGAAGCCGAUUUCAAAUCCAUCUUCCAUACUGUAACCGAAAAACCUCCAGCCACACAUGGGCAGCUAUUUAAUGAUUUUAUACGCAAGAUAAAUGCUGAACUAGCAUACGUGCAGUUUGAAUUGAGGGCAUGUAGGAAUCAGUAUGAUGGAAGUGUAUAUUAUGGAGUUGUGAAUAAUGUUUCUGAUGAACAGUCAAAGCUUGGGACAAAAUACUCUGUUCCUCAAAUUGCUUUCUAUAAGGCCAUGGUGGAAGCAAUUGUCCAGGAUGGGACUGAAGGCACCAUAUCAAAAAUUCAGGCUAUAAAUAUACGUUUGGAAAAUCAGGUCCUCGCUGGGACAAGCUCACAGUCUCAAACAGAAUCAAGCCAGGUUCCAGCUGCAAUUAGGAAUUUCUCAAUGUCUCAAAAGGAAAAGACAAUAGAAGAGCUUGUUAGGGACCAGUGGCUUUGCUCAACAUCAGAUGGUAAGAUUGGACUAGGGGUGCGCUCUUUUCUUGAUCUCAGGAGUUGGUUUCGCAGCAACGAGGUUCCAACAUGUGAAGUUUGCAAUGAGGCUGCUGUGAAGGUGGAAUCAUGCCCUAACGAAAGCUGUAAUGUAAGAAUCCAUGAAUACUGUCUCCGAAUGAAGUUCUCUCAAAGAAAGGCUGCGAAAGUUUGUCCAGGUUGUCGCGCAGACUGGCCAUUUACUAUUGCUAAAGCAGAAUAUUUAGAAGAGGAAGAUGCGCCUGCUCCAUCUCAAAGUAGGCAGACUCGGGAAUCCUCAAGAAAGAAACAAAAAACCUGCCAAGAAAGUGUUGCUGACAAUCUAGGGCCUAGUUCCACUCAGAAUACUGCCUCCACAAUCACAAGGGUAACUCGGCGUUCUACCCGGCUGAAGAGUACAAGCUAAUGUACAUGCCAUUUUAUGUUCCAAUCUAUUAUCUUUUGCCCAGCACCAUCUGAAGCAACUUGUGAAGCUGUAGAAGCUUUUGCGUGCUAGAAUGGUUUAAUGAUAGCUACUCUUGGUAAUCUAUGAUCUAACUUACUGAUUGUAAAUAACACCAGUAAGUGUAGUUUUUGCUUAUCUUGUAAAGAGAACAACUUCUUUUUAGUAUUAUCUUGUUAAGUGAACCAAGUUCUAUGAAAGAGGAUUGAAAUUUCGAUAUUGGUA